AUGAAGCUGUUCAUCGUUGUUGCCGUGCUUGGGGUAUGCUCCGCAGCCCGUUUAGACAACACCUACCUCCCUCCUAGAGGAGGUGCAGGCUCAGGGUUUGGGGGAAGUAGCGGUUUCGGGGGCGCCUCCGGUGCUUUUGGCGCGGGCGGUGCCGGAAGAUAUAGUGCUGGUGGAGCCGGCGGAUUUGGAAGUGGGGGUAGUGGUGGUGGAUUCGGCAGCGCCGGCGGAUACCAAGGGGCAGGAGUUGCUGGCGGAUUUGGUGGUAACGGUGGAGCUGGGGCAUAUGGUGGCGUUGGAGGAUCUGGAGCUUACAGUGGCGCUGGAGGAUCUGGAGCGUACAGUGGGGCCGGAGGAUCUGGAGCGUACAGUGGAUCCGGUAACUACAAUGCCAGGCAAUCCGCUGAUGCCAGUGCCCAGAUCCUCAGAUUGAACAGUGACGUCACCGCUGAAGGAUUCUCUUAUAACUUCGAAACGUCCAACGGAAUCCGUGCUGAUGCAUCUGGUGUGGCCACGAACGGAGUUCAGUCUCAAGGCAGCUUCGCUUACAAGGGCGACGAUGGCCAGGACUACAGCAUUACUUACACUGCUGAUGAGAACGGGUACCAGCCCCAGGGCGCUCACCUCCCCACCCCACACCCGAUUCCUGAAGCUAUCUUGAAGUCUUUGGAGCAGAAUGCCCGUGAUGAGGCUGCUGGUAUCAUCGAUGAUGGUUCAUACCGAGGUGAAGGCGCUGGUUCUGGAGCUGGCGGUUAUUCCUCUGGUCCUUCUGCUCAAUAUGGUGCCCCAUCCGGUUUUGGUGGCGGUUCCCGAGGCUCCGGCUUCGGUUCCGGUGGUGCCGGUGCUGGCGGUGCUGGCUUUGGGGCCGGUGGUAGUGGAUUCGGUGCCAGUGGCUCUGGAUUCGGCGCUAGUGGAUCUGCAUUUGGUGCUAAGGGGUCAGGCUUCAAUGCCGCUGCCUCUCGUCAGUAUCUAGCACCUAACGCUGGUCCCCGCGGCUCAGGAAACGGCAACUUCAACUCGCAAACCGGUUACCGUUAUUAA